AUAUAUUAGCGUGUAUAAAAGUGUGUGUAUCUACGUGCGAAAGUGGUUUCUAUUUACGAAAGUUACAAAUAUGAUGCUGGAUAUCUAAAAAAAUUAAACAUUUUAUUUGAAUGUGAUCAACUGUAGUUGUAGAUUUAUUUAUGAUCAAAUUUUGAUUUCGGUAAUUAAAAUCAACUUUAUUUAAUGAAAUUAACAUUCUAAAUUAAGUUAAUUAAAUUUCGAAUUUUAACCGAUUAAACGCUCUAACACGAACAACUCGUACGAAUUUGCUGUUUAAUAAGUGAUUCGACAAGUACCCACACAAAAAAUAGACUCCAGCAAGCUAGGUCAGUAUAGCAGGUGAGCCUUCCACUCGAAUCUAUUACAGAUGUUCAGUAUUCAACGGUCCCAGCAAGACGAUACUAAUCCUAGGUUAAAUCAUGAGAGCGUUACGCUCCUAUAUUUUCAGCCAGGUAUUCGAUAAAAUUUGUGUUUUUUGUUGUAUCCAGUGCUGCGUCCCGCUUGUUUGUCAAUACUUAACUUAUAUUCACUGGUAUCUUGCUGUCAUUGACAAUACUAUAUCCCGAUACCAAACCGUAUUUAAUAUUUACUACCUAUCAUCCAUAUCAAAUUAUGAAAUACUAAUAUAAUAUGCUUUUUAUCAAAUCAAGUGGCUAGCUUCUUACGUUAUCCGUGCGAUCAUUGAAUAAUUCCACCUUCAACGGCAAUUUUUAUCAUAUGCUAGAUUAUUUUCCAUUGAUCCUCUCGACUAGAUUAGACAAAAUAGGUAUUUGAAUCAAUGAUUCGUUUAUGCUCCCCGAUAUUUACGUCGACGUUAUCAGCUUUUUCAUCCGGCAUUCUCACGCCUUACUCAAAAUGUGUUUUACCUCUAGGGUCGCCAUGAGUUAUUGCUUUAAACAGCUACAUCUUAUCUGCCUAUCAGUGAUGCAUUGCCUGCUGUCCAGGAUGUCUGGACCGUGCGGUUGCAUUGCGCAAACAAAAUCGUUCAACUCGUUCCUCCUUUUGCCGUCGUAUCUUGACACAUCUCCCAGGUGGUAUCUCGACGACAACACUAGGCUGCUGUAUCUUCCGCUAGCUGCGUCUAUCUUUUUGUUCUUAACGAUAGUGUGUGUGUUGUGGCAGCAGCGUGAGCCUCCGUGCUUUGCUAUAUCGUAUCCUCUUUUUAUGCCAGUCGGGAUCUUCCUGCUUUGUAGAGCUGCAUAUCUAUUAGGCUCUGUCGUUGGUCAUAUUUAUGAAAGAUGUCACAUCGAUGGCUCGCCAAUUCAGCGUAGAGGUUGACGAGAUGACGCACUUGAAUUCUGCAGCUAGAGCUUGAGGGGCUUGGCUUUUGGGGAAGACUGACGACAUUGAAGUCUCUGGGAUUAUUUGUGAUAGCUCGAUUAUGACUAGAGUUUUAUGUACGCGACCAGUGAUCGCCUACUUUGCCAAAAUGAUGGGUAGCCUGGUAAAACGGGGCAUCUUUUUUGUCGUUUGAUGACAGACAAAUUUUUGCUUGUCUCCUUCCUGCGUGAUGAAAUGUAAGCCCCGUUACUAGGUGCUACCUAGCGGCGAGAUCCGCACUCGUAGAACAGACAAGAUUUUACUAGCAUAUAUGAAGACUGUAUGGAACAUAUGACACGUCGUAGUUUCAUUUUAGGAAAACUCUUUGGACACGUACAUAAAUAAAAAUAAUUCUCUGUUUGAUUAACUAUAGACAAGCUAUUGAUCUUUGAAGUGGAUUGAACAUAUUGAUCUUAGGGGUGUGCAGGUCUCCACUUCCUCUAAUGGUCUACAAGAAGAAGUUCAAUCGAAGUAAUUUUCUCAUUAUUUAAUCCAAAUCACAUUCUCGCCAUUGCAUUAUCAGUCGGAAUGAACUAGGUCGUAUCGACCCUGAUAAAAAGAAAACUUGAAAAUAUAAUAGUAGAAGUAAGCAAAACAGGCGGAUGACGACAAAGAACCGUUAAGUGUAGUUCAAUAAUAAAGAAGUAUCAUUUAGAGUGUUCUACACAUUGUUAUAAGUUAAAGCAACCCAUAUUACACUCAUGCAUAAGCUGGCAGCAAAUUUCGUUUAUUGGCGUUAAAAGCAAGUUUGAGUUUUUUAAGAGAAGUAGGUAUGAGAAAGAUGCUAGAUCUCGAGGAGACCCAUGGAGGACGCGUUGUUACGAGGCGGAACGCCCGCACGUCAUGCUUUUUGUAGUAAUGAAGUCUAAGAGAUUUCUGAGGGACACUUAUGAGGAUUGUAAAUCGACCGAAAACCACAAAUCUGUUUUUAAGAAGGGCCGAUUAAGUGCUAUGCCAACAUAUAUACGGCGCCGUUAUUACACACCAGUAGUUCAGAUAUGUUACGGCAAUCGUGAAGUUGAUACUAUAAUUAAAUCUCACUAGCAUGACAUAUUAUUCAAUAUUUUUGCGAAAUGCCUCUAAUCUAGCUCCAUGAAAACCUGGGCAUCGCACGCUCAACUGCAGCUAUAAUGUUACAUGUAGAAUGUAAUUGUUCUAUGAGUCAUCAAGGGUAACUUGCAGCAUUACAAUUGCGUGACAAAUACAUAAACAAAACACUCGUUAGGUUAAUCUUAAUGAUAGUGAUUAGCUCAAGAUAUGAUGACUUUUAUUAUUUUAUGAGCCUAUAUACUUUUUUUUCUAUAGCUUGUCAAUUCAUCACUUGGAUAUAUAUACACGCUUCGUUAUUAUGGCUCACACGCACGGUCCUAGUUAAUUCCGUUGCUGUCUGUAAUCAUCGUCUUCACAACGAAUCCGCGAAGGAGCGUCCGCGUCGUAAUGAAUUGACUAUUGUAGUACUCGAAUUCGUUCUGUGUUGCUUCAGGUCCGGAUUCUAUCUAACGACAUUUACGGUUUGACUCGUCUGAUAAUGCUGAAGGAGGAAGCAGGAUUGGCUUUGGCCAAUGCAGCUUCAUAUUCGGUUUUUCUAUUAACGUAUUGCCAGCUAAGUUGUCGUAUCAUCAUCGUCUCGUUCUGACGAAACGGCGCGAUCGAAACUAAAAUAUGAAGGCUAAUACCACUAUGUACUGUGAUUGAGAUAGGAUUGCAGUAGCAAAUAAAAAAUACUCGCAAUAAAGACUGACUGACAGCGAGAACAACCGGUAGUUGAAUGCUCAGGAUCUCCCUCAGCGAGAUCAAACUUUUAGCGAAUUUCAGUCAUCAGUAAAAACAAAUAACUGUUUUAUACUGGUGUCUAUACUAUCUGAAGAUGCACAGUUAAAUGCAAUACGAUGUAUGGCGUUAAGUACGUCGAUCUUUAAGGGUUGUGAUAAACCAGAAAGCGACGAGGAUAUUAUACAGUGUGAUCAUAUUUGAACCUCGAUGCGUUCGACUCUUGGUUGAACGCAAAUAGGGCGAGGUGAUUAAAUAUGCCGCUUAGCGUCUUUAUACUUCUGAAAACUAUAUUUUUCUGUGCACAAUCGUUUGAUGGGUUUGAGUGAAACAGAAAUGAACAUUAUUUAAAAACAAAUUUCUUUUUUUUUGGUUAAUUACCAGUACUGAACAUGACAGGAGCAUUGUCUUGUAUCGGGCUUCUUUUUCAUGGCAAAUAACCAAUAGAUUUAAUAACAAUGUAGAAUGAUUUCAAUCAGAGUCGAACACGGUAUGACGUGAAAAUCUGUAAUAAGUGUCGUGCUAAGUUCUUUUCCCGUGAUAAAGUAGCAAAAACGUGAUUGCUUAAGUAACAGUGAUGAUUCGAGACUGGGCAUAAAAACAGUUUGUUUCAACCAGCCGUCUGCAGUAACGCCUAAUGGCAGCACCGGACGUAAAAACUCAAAGUAUGGGUUAGCUUAUUCGCAGUAGGCCAAUAAGGUCUGCUGCAGCAUUUGUUUGUUACAAUAGGAUGCUUUUCCGCUUACAUGCAGUUAGUUACUUAGUUGAAAACUCAAGAUGCAAUUCUUUGUUGAUAUACAAUUUUUCAAAUUGUGUACGGGGUCUCACUUAUUAUUGCGAUAUUGACCCCACUUAGCCAGGUCGCAGAGAGUAUGGCCAGCGUACUAGGAAAUGCGUCGACAAGCAAACGGCCGCGGCGUCAUAGAUAUGCGCUACUACGUUCCGCUCGAUUUCAGCUAGCGUGUAUGUAUGGUUACUCGGGAUCUCCGAAGAGCGAAUUCAAUACACAUGCAGUGAGACUAGUUUAUCUGUGGAGGACAGGCGCUACAACUCUCCGUUCGUUGGCAGAUAUAGUAAGCGGUAUACGAGCCGAAACGUUACCCGUAAAAUUACCAUUGCGUCUCUCUAUGGAGCAACGAGCUUGCGUGCGUGUAUUGAGGUUACACUGCUGCUGUACUAGUCAUAGCUUGACAAUAACCACGCAUCGUCUUCCUGGCCAGUUCCUAAUCUAAUCUAGUCAUGGAAAAAAGUGCCGUUGAGGUACCUUUCUGUAAGAGCGACGACACGGCAGAGCGGCUACCAGCAAUAAUGAACCACUUGCCAACUGUUAACGACUCCAGGCAAGUAGCGAACUCCUCCACUCUCCAAGAGAACGCCCAGUCCUUCUCCUCACAACAUAGAAAUCGACGCAAAGAACUUGCAUCCCGUUGUGACAUCUUAGAUGUCCCAUCAGUUGAAAAAGACACAACUACGAUGGAACUAAUUAAGAGCUUUGCAGCCGGCUCACUUAGCGCGAGCUUCUCAUCAGUCCUCUUACAGCCGCUGGAUUUGGUUAAAACUCGUUUGCAACUUAGAAAUUCGGAGGGAACAAGGGCGUUUGCCAAAAAGCGUGGCUUAUUCAAGUACAUGACAUAUAUCGCCGAAACUGAGAGUAUACGUGGUUUGUGGCGCGGUACCGCAGCCGCAAUUGUUCGUAGUGUACCCGGCGUCGGGCUGUACUUUUCCACCCUGCACAGUCUGAAAAUUUCCACCGGCAUUGAGAAACCUAGCCCAACUGAAGCGUUGGUGCUCGGUUUUGUGUCCCGAUGUAUCGCCGGCGCUGUAUUGCUCCCGGCAACAGUGAUCAAGACCCGUUUCGAAAGCGGCCUCUACCCUUACCGAUCGCUGUCACAUGCUGCCCGGUCGAUAUACGUUACCGAAGGCAUUCGUGGUCUGUACUCGGGCCUGCUACCGACGCUUGCGCGGGACGCGCCCUACGCUGGAUUGUACCUGCUGUUCUACACCCAUUUUAAAAGUGUCACAUACGCUAAUUUUAUUCCACCAGAUAGUGAAUUCCGUGAUUUUGCUAAUUUUGCAUGUGGUGUCACCGCUGGCCUUAGCGCGUCGUUAGUGACACAGCCUGCCGAUGUGCUAAAGACGCGCAUGCAGUCCGAUCCAUCAAAAUUCCCUAACGUCAGUUGUGCAAUGAUCGAUAUCUAUCGCAAUGAGGGCCUGCAGGCGUACUUUAAUGGUCUCAUACCCCGUUUACUGCGGCGAACUCUCAUGUCAGCUUUAGCAUGGACAUUCUACGAGCGCUUGAGUCAGCACCUGAUUGAAUCAAAAUCGUCGCCGUUAUGAACAAGUCGCUGGACUUUUAUGGUGCCAAAAUGUGUUAUCUUGACGUCUAUCAAUCCAAUACACGCAUCAAGCAGAAAAGACCUAAAGAAGCCAACUGGUUAUUUAGACUGAAUGUACACAAAUAGUUAAAUUUUGUGCUAUAGGCGAGAUUGUGUCCGCACGCCGAGUGGACAAGUUGAGAAAUAAUUAGGAAUUUCUCUUUUUCACAGAUCUCAUGAACUACAUCUGACUAGCUUUUAAACUAAUGUAAGGGUUUUUGUCGUUGGAUCGACAAGGAGAGUGACGAUCUGUCAAUAAAAACGCUAGGUCUGGUUUAAUAACGAUACGCACUAGCUAGUGGUUGACCAGCGUAUUGUACUGACAGCUGGUCCCUUAUCUUACAACGGCAAGUCCAUUGAGAUUAUAUACGUUUUUGACAAUUACCUGGAUCCAUUUCUAUUGAACGUCGUGCCACCAACCAAAGUGGCCUUAAUGCGUGAAUUUUUGCCUAGAGAAGAAUGCAAAACAAGUGCCAAC